AUGUCGAACGGUAUCUUGAAGACGUCUGGGCCUGAUGUUGUCGAUGCUUCAGGUAACCCAGUCCGCCUGCGAGGGACGGCACUCGGUGGCUGGAUGCUCAUGGAGAACUUCAUGAACGGUUUCCCCGGUCGCGAACACCAGAUCCGCGCAGCGCUCCUGAAGGUCCUUGGGAAGGAGAAGUACGAAUUCUUCUUCGACAAGUUCCUCGAGUACUUCUUCACGGAGAAGGAUGCCGAGUUUCUGUCCUCGAUCGGCUUCAAUUGCGUCCGUCUAUCUUUCAACUACCACCACUUUGAAGAUGACAUGAACCCUUUCGUCAUCAAGGAAGAGGGCUUCAAGCAUCUCGAUCGCGCAAUUGAAAUUUGCUCCAAGUACGGAAUCUACACCAUCCUCGACCUCCACUCCGCCCCGGGAGGCCAGAACCAGGACUGGCAUUCAGACAACCCCACAGGAUACGCUGCUUUCUGGGAUCACAAGCACUUCCAGGACAGAGUCAUCAACCUGUGGCAAGUUCUCGCAAAACGCUACAAGGGCAACCCGUGGAUCGCAGGAUUCAACCCUCUCAAUGAGCCCGCCGAUGUCGAGUGGACACGGCUCUUGGCCUUCUACGAUCGCAUCGUUCCUGCCAUCCGCGAGAUCGACCCGGAUCAUAUCCUCUUCCUCGAGGGCAACACCUUCAGUAUGGACUUCUCCGGCUUCACCAAGGUGUUCCCCAACUCCGUGUAUGCGGUCCACGACUACUGCGGCUUCGGAUUCCCGAACCGCAUUGGCAGAUACCAGGGUCUGAAGGACCAAGACGCGUAUAUCCGGCAGAUGUACGAUCGCAAGGUUGCGUUUAUGAAGGAACACAAUGUUCCCAUCUGGAACGGCGAGUUCGGUCCGAUCUACGAGCGAGAAGAGUACAACCCUGACUGGAAGGUUCACAAUGAGGAGAGAUACGACAUGUUGGACAGACAAAUGGCGAUCUACACCUCCGAAGGCAUCGCCUGGAGCAUCUGGGCUUACAAGGACGUCAACGUUAUGGGAAUGACUUACCUCUCUCCCGACUCGGCCUGGCUAAAGCUUCUCGGUCCCAUGAUCCGCAAAAAGCGCGAUCUCGCCGUCGACAGCUGGGCCUACGACGACGCGCAUCUCCAACCCAACCUCUUUGGCCCACUUCACAAGUGGUUCGAGGACAACGUCCCUGCGCAGUACAACAAGAAGUACCCGUGGCAGUGGCGCAUGCACAUGCACGUCUUCCGCGGAAUCCGCGGCAUCACCAUGGCCGAGUACAUGAUUCCCGAGUGGGCCGGCUAUUUCAAGGACAGGACCUUUGAGGAGCUUGACGAGUUGGCGGCCAGUUGGAAGUACGAGAACUGCUGUCAGCGGGAGCGACUGAAUGAGUUGCUCCAAUUGUAUGCGCCCAUGACGCCAGAGGAUAAGAGACUGGAGGGCAAGGUCAUCCAGCCCGAGGCCGAGAAGAACGGUGACAAGCCCAAAGAGACGGUGUCCGGUGUCGGCGUGUUCGAGCUGUCGCCGGAAGAAAAGGCGAAGAAGCUUGCGCAAACGAACGGCACACCCGUUGCUGUUGCCUCAUGA